AUGUCAGUGUCUGCAGGCAGGCCGAUGAAGAUAUUGUUUCUCUACAUUCUUGCCUUCAUUCUACCCUUCAGCAAUGCGGCUCAGCAGCAGCCUCUGCGAACCAGUACAACGCCCAAGCGGGUGGCUGUCAUCGGAGCCGGAGCCGGUGGGUCGUUUGCAGCAUAUGAGCUACGCAAAUUAGCAGACAACGCAGACAUCCCUGUCAACAUCACCGUAUUCGAGCGUACCUCCUAUGUCGGCGGACGUUCGACAACAGUCAACGUUUUCGAUCACCCAGCAUACCCAAUUGAACUGGGAGCCUCGAUCUUCGUCGAGGUCAAUCACAACCUGGUGAAUGCGUCGCGAGAUCUUGGUCUGAACGUCCGCAGUGCAGAUCACGGGCGACCCCAGGAAACCGAAGAAUCAAUUGGUAUCUGGGACGGGAAGAAGUUUGUCUUUACUUUGAAGAAUAAUUCCAGCUGGCGGAAUAUUGGCCGUCUUUUCUGGAGAUAUGGUCUGGCUCCACUGCGUGCUCAGAACCUGAUGAAGAGCAUCGUGGGCAAGUUCCUGCGUUUGUAUGAGGAGCCACUAUUCCCGUUCCGCUCACUCUCCGAGGCUGCAUUGACACUGGGUUUGAUCGAUGCUACUUCUUCCUCUGGGGAUGCAUUCCUCGGUGCGAAUCAAGUUUCGGAACUCUUCGCCCGAGAAAUUAUUCAAGCAAGCACGCGAGUGAACUAUGGUCAAAAUCUGGGAUUGAUUCAUGGCUUGGAAUCGAUGGUUUGCUUGGCUACGGAUGGCGCAGUCUCAAUCGAUGGCGGUAACUGGUUGAUAUUUGAUGGUGUUCUCAAAGCCUCUGGGGCCGAUGUGAGGUUGAAUACCACUGUGACCGCGGUCACCAGGGACGGCGAUGGCGCUGUGCGCAUUGAAUCCCACCAGAGGGGCGAUACUGACUCAAAGCUUUACUCAUCAGAGGAUGAGUUCGAUGAAGUCAUUAUCGCUGGUCCUUUACAGUACUCUGGAAUAGCCGUCUCUCCGCCAUUGGAGCACAUUCCGGAUGAGAUUCCAUACGUGAAACUACAUGUCACACUACUCUCUUCUCCCCACCGCAUUUCGCCUCAUUAUUUCGGCCUCGACAGCCAGGGUGUCCGAGCUCCAGAGACCAUUCUGACCACCCUUCCCGAGGGGCUCGAUCUCGGGUCGAAUCCAAAGGGUGUUGGACCCGCUGAGUUUUGGAGUAUCAGUACCCUUCGCACAGUGGACCGAAUCGUCAUGAAGGAAGGUAAAGAGAAGGUUGAACAACACUAUGUGUACAAAAUCUUCUCACCAGAACGACCCACAGCCGCGUUUGUGGCCCAAAUCUUUGAUAUUGACUAUACCGAUGGCGAUGGGUCUGUGACAGUCGCCGCGGGCAAUACCACCAUCGGAGACUUGUCCAAAACCGAUAUUAGCUGGUUUCAUGAGCGGCUGUGGCAUCCAUACCCUCUCCUCUAUCCGCGGGUGACUUUUGAGGAGAUACUCCUGGCACCGGGUAUCUGGUACACUAGCGGGAUUGAAAGCUUCAUCUCGACCAUGGAGACUAGUGCCUUGAUGGGCCGAAAUGUGGCAGCGCUUAUGGUUCAGUCGUGGAAGCAGGAUGCGUCAAAAGAACAUGUAUUUCGGGAAGCGAAGACUGAGCUUUGA